GAGCAAAGUCCACGACCGACUCUGGGGACACUUUGUCUGACCGCGGCGGCGAUCCUCGUCGGCGGUAGGGCAGAUAUCGGUGCCGCCGUCACCGUGACCAUCACCGUCGUCACCACCACCAACAACAUUACCACUGUGACCAGCAACAACACCACCACCACCGUCGUCACCACCACCACCAACAAAACCACCACUGUCACCGUCACCACCACCGUCACCACCACCAUCGUCACCACCACCAUCGUCACCACCAACAACACCACCACUGUCACCGUCACCACCACCAUCGUCACCACCAACAACACCACCACCAUCACCACCACCGUCACCACCACCAACAACACUACCACCGUCACCAGCAACACCACCACUGUCACCACCACCGUCACCACCACCAACAACACCACCACUGUCACCGUCACCACCACCAUCGUCACCAACACCAACAACACUAUCACCAUCACCAGCAACACCACCACCGUCACCACCACCACCACCAACAACAACACCACCACCACCACUGUCACCACCACCAACAGCAACAUCACCACCACUGGUACCGCCGUCACCAUCACCAUCGCCGGCACCAUCACCACCGUCACCACCACCGGCACCACCACCAUCGUCACCACCACCGUCACCACCACCGUCACCACCACCGUCACCACCACCGGCACCACCACCGGCACCACCACCGGCACCACCACCAUCGUCACCACCGUCACCACCACCGUCACCACCACCGUCACCACCACCGUCACCACCACCGGCACCACCACCGGCACCACCACCAUCGUCACCACCAACACCACCACCACCGCCACCGUCACCACCACCGUCACCACCGGCGGCGUCACCGGCACCACGAAUCUGUCGCCUUGCCACAAGAUGCCGUCCAUUACUCCCAGCCAUCAUCAUCAUCAGCCUCAUCAGCAGACUCAUCAGCAAAAUCAUCAUCAUCAUCAGCAGCAUUGGUCGCAAUCAACCGCGGCCAUGCCGCCGCCGCCGUGGUUGCCGGCUACGCCAACGGCACCGUCCCUGGCACCGUCUCCGGCACCGCGUCGCCCAUCCGGCGCCACCGGGGGGGAGGCACCGGUGAUGGCGGUGGCGGUGGCUCGCUACGACUACACGGCCGGACGCCCCGACGAGUUGUCGCUGUCCAGGGGGGCGCGCGUCGCCGUGACGGACAAGGGCAGCGACGGGUGGUGGCGGGGCCGCUUGCCCGGCGGCGCCACGGGAUGGUUCCCCGGGAACUAUGUCGCUCCCGGUGCGUCGGAGGACUCCAUCAGGGACAGCGGCCACCGCGGCCACCGCCACCGCGGCUACCGGGAGCGGCGGUCAGCGGCGGCGGGGGCAGCUGGACGUGGCGGCGUUCUUGACCGAAGCCGUACUCGUGGCACGAGGAUGGGGGGGUGGUGGUUGUGGUUGUGGUGGUGGUGGUGGGGCGGUGGCGGUGAUAGAGGAGGAGGUUGGAGAGGAGGUGAUGGUGGUGGCGGUGAUAGAGGAGGAGGUAGUGGUGGCGGUGAUAGAGGAGGUGGUAGUUGUGGUGGUGGUGGUGGUGGUGGUAGUAGUGGUGGUGGUAAUGGAGUAGGUGGUGGCGGUGAUAGAGGAGUUGCAGGUAGUGGUGGUAGCGGCGGUGAUAGAGCAGGUGGUGGGAGAAGAGGAAGUGGUGGUGGUCAUGAUAGAGGAACAGGAGGAAAUGUGCUGGAGGUGGUGGUGGCCAUGUACCCGUUCAGCGCCAGCAGCAGCAGCGAGGAGCUGAGCUUCGCUCUGGGCGAGCACCUGGAGGUGCUGGGCAAGCCGCUCGACGACCCCGAGUGGUGGCACUGCCGGAGGGCCGACGGAGCCACGGGGCUGGUGCCACGCAACUACGUGCGGGUGCUACCGGCGACAGAAUCGGCGGUGCCGCACAUCCACGGGGACCCCCACAAUGGCACGGAUGCCGGGCGGACCCACCACCACCAGCACCACUACCGGCAGCUACAGCAGCAGCUACUACAGCAGCAGCUACAGCAGCAGCAGCAGCCCGUGCAGGGUACCGUGAGCCGGUUCCCGUGCCGGCCGUGGUACCGGGGCUCCAUGAGCCGCCACAUGGCAGAGGCGGCGCUGAACGAGCGAGGGGAGAAUGGAGACUUUGUAGUCCGCGACUCGGAGUCCUCGCCCAGCGACCUGUCGCUCUCCGUGAGGGCGGCGGACAGGAAUCGGCACUUCAAGGUGGGCACGGCGGGCGGCGUCUUCCGCAUCGGGCAGCGCCUCUUCGACUCCAUGGACGCCCUCGUCGCCCACUACGGCGAGGCGGCCCCCAUCUUCUCGAGCGGAGCCGGCGAGAGGCUCUUCCUCGUGAGGCCGUUGCCGUGACGGCCGGCUGGCGCUAGGCGAUGGGUACCGGGCGUGGGUGACGCUUGCUACCGACGAUUUCCCGGCAGCGUUAAGUCUCCCGGUCCAAACUGCGUGUGAUAGCAAGCCCUGGGCGGUAGCUUCGCCGCUGAGAAUUUCGAACCAAGGGACCGGUGGCGUUGAUGCAGUGUCUCAAGGGCCACUGGACUGACAUUGGAUGAUGGGUACUGGGAUGGGUGACGCUUGCUACCGACGAUUUCCCGGCAGCGUUAAGUCUCCUGGUCCAAACUGCGUGUGAUAGCAAGCGCUGGGCGGUAGCUUCGCCGCUGAAAAUUUCGAACCAAGGGGCCGGUGGCGUUGAUGCAGUGUCUCAAGGGCCACUGGACUGACAUUGGAUGAUGGGUACUGGGAUGGGUGACGCUUGCUACCGACGAUUUCCCGGCAGCGUUAAGUCUCCCGGUCCCAACUGCAUGUGAUAGCAAGCGCUGGGCGGUAACUUCGCCGCUGAGAAUUUCGAACCAAGGGGCCGGUGGCGUUGAUGCAGUGUCUCAAGGGCCACUGGACUGACAUUGGAUGAUGGGUACUGGGAUGGGUGACGCUUGCUACCGACGAUUUCCCAGCAGCGUUAAGUCUCCUGGUCCAAACUGCGUGUGAUAGCAAGCCCUGGGCGGUAGCUUCGCCGCUGAGAAUUUCGAACCAAGGGGCCGGUGGCGUUGAUGCAGUUUCUCAAGGGCCACUGGAGUGACAUUGGAUGAUGGGUACCGGGCGACGCUUGCUACCGACGAUUUCCCGGCAGCGUUACGUCUCCCGGACCCAUCUGCGUGUGAUAGCAAACCCUGGGCGGUAGUUUCGCUGUGUGUCGGUUCAGGCAAUCGAGGGUUGUUUUGGGGAGGGAGGGACGGGGCGGGAAAACGAAUGCCGGCCAAAGUUGGACGCUGUCGUCAAAGGGAAACAAAGAUCCCCCGUGUAGCCUCUAGCAGACUAUUGGGGCCAGUGCUGUUAGUAGCGAGUAGCAGCACCUAUACGCAAAGAUCCCCCGUGUAGCCUCUAGCAGACUGUAGGGCCAAGUGAUCUUAGUAGUAGCGAGUAGCAGCGCCUAUGUGGUGACUGCAGAUGGUUGUGUGAUGAUCCCAGUGAUGAAGACUGAUGAGAGUGAUAUGGUGACUGCAGCUGAUGAUGCUGAUACCAGUGAUGAUAUUGAUGAGAGAGUGAUAUGGUGAUGAUCGUUGGGUCGUGAAGAUUAUCCCUCGAGAAAAACGCUCGAGUGAUGCCGCUGGUGGACAUUCCACGUUCCCAGGGCGGGAGCCGGGAGUGCUUUAAGUAGGGCGUUUUGCGACCAAUAUCAUCCAUAGA